AUGGACCCGGCGGAAGGCGUCCGUUGUUCAGUAAUCAAGGACGGCGGAGACGACCCCGACGUUACCCACGGGGCGGAGAUCAUCGUGGGAGUCUGGCGUCUGCCCGACGGCAACAAGGGAUUGCAAAUUACCGGUGGGCCGGGCGUAGGAACGGUAACCCGUCCUGGCACCGGCAUUGAAGUGGGCGAACCGGCGGUAACGCGCGUUCCCCGGCGCAUGAUGUCCGACGCCGUCGCUCAAGGGUUGAUCGAGUGCGGGUGGCCCCCGGAAACCGGAGUCCGAACACGCAUAACGGUGCCCAACGGCGAAGAAAUAGCCAAACAGACCACCAACGCCAGACUUGGAGUGCUGGGCGGUAUCAGCAUCCUGGGAAGCACUGGCGUGGUGCAACCUUUCAGCACCGCGGCCUGGCGGGCCAGCGUCCAUCUGGCGGUGGAUGUAGCGGCCACCAACGGCCUUGAUCAUCUCGUAUUGUCCACGGGUACGCGCAGCGAAGAAUACACGCGCCGGUUGCUGGAAUUGCCUGACAUGGCCUACAUCGAAGCUGGUAUCUUCUCUGGCCCAUCGAUGAAACGGUGCGUAAACAAAGGCAUCAAGCGCGUCGCCCAUGUGGGGAUGGUUGGCAAGUUCUCCAAGAUGGCGAUGGGAUAUUUUGUUACGCACGUGGCAGGUAACCGUGUCGACACCGAGUUUUUGGCCCAAAUCGCCGGGCAAUGCGGUGCGUCGGAGUCAUUGCAGCAGGAAAUGCGCGAAGCCGCCAGCGGCCGGCAUUUCCAGGAACUGGCUCAGGAACACGGCGUAAUGUCGGUGUUCCCCCUGAUGUGUCAACUCGUAUGUGAACAGGCGCAAAAAUAUCUUGGCGACGAUGGACCGUCAAUCACCGUUGAUGCGUUGUGUUUCGACUUCGAAGGCAACCUGCUGGGCGCCGCCAGUACCUCACCAGACGGUAUUCCCAUGCGCGAUCCGGCAGCGCUGGCGACGGAUGGUCAGGGGUAA